AUGUUUCUUGAUUCUGGUGACUUUCAUGAUGCUUCUAAGGCAAAAAUUAAUGUUCUUGAGGCUCUUAAUUUGAUAUCUUCAGCUUGGGACAGUGUCGACCGAAAGUGCAUAAUCAAUGGAUUCAAUAAAGCAGGAUUUUCAAUAUCGGAGGAGGAGAGCGCUGUUGUUUUGGAAGGAGAACAAGAAGGUAGCGUGUCUGUAGUUGAGGACCUUCCGGAAGUCGAUGAUGCCUACAUCGACUGUGACACAGAUAUCAUUACUUCAGAAAUCCUUUUCAUAAGUGAUUUGAUGCCUGAUUCCGACGAUAGUGCUGAUGACGAUGAAAUAACAGAAGACGUGCCAACAGCUUAUCAAGCGAUACAAAGCAUAAAAACUCUAAAACAAUUUUUACUUCCAAAUGUAAAUCAAGAAGCAAAUUUGCAAAAACUUGUUAGUAUUGAGCGAGCCGUAUACGAAAUUGUAGCUAGACUUUAUUUAUAA